AUGUCAGGUGCUCCAUUCCUCCUCACCAAUUACUUCACACUCUUUCUUAUUGCAUUCUCCUUUACUCCCCUUUCCCAAAUCCAAUCCCUCUCCUUCAACAUAACCAACUUCAACGAUCCAACAACCUCAGCAAACAUGGCAUACGAAGGUGAUGGAACAUCAAGCAACGGUUCCAUAGUCUUAAACAAAGAUAGUUACCUUUUCCGUGUUGGAAGAGCCAUUUAUUCCCAACCGCUUCACUUAUGGGACUCAUCUUCCAACGUUGUAACCGACUUCACCACACGUUUUACUUUCACUAUUGACAAAGUUAAUGAUUCCUCAUCAUAUGCUGAUGGCUUUGUCUUCUACUUAGCCCCUUUGGGUUACCAAAUUCCUCCAAAUUCCGCAGGUGGCACUUUUGCUUUGUUCAAUGCCACCACCAACAAUAACCUUCCUCAAAACCAUGUUGUUGCUGUUGAAUUUGAUACCUUUGUUGGCUCAACUGACCCGCCCAUGAGACAUGUUGGGAUCGAUGAUAACUCUCUAACAUCCGCUGCUUUUGCUAAGUUUGACAUUGACAAAAAUCUCGGACACAUGUGUUACACUUUGAUCACUUACACUGCUUCUACUAAGACCCUUUCCGUGUCUUGGUCAUUCAAAGGAAAAGUAGGUUCCAGCAAUGAUAAUAAUGAGUCUUCUCUUUCUUACCAGAUUGAUCUCAUGAAGAUUCUACCAGAGUUUGUGAACGUUGGGUUUUCUGCUUCAACUGGGUUAUCCACUGAAUCAAAUGUUAUUCAUUCUUGGGAGUUUAGUUCUACUUUGAAUGACAUGGAUAAAAAGGUGGGACAUAAAGGGUCGAAGUCCACGGUUGUGCUUAUUGUUGCUGUCGUUUGUUCAGUGGUUUUUUUGGUUGGAGUGGUGAGUAUUGUUUUGUUUAUCAUGAAGAAGAGAAGAAGGGAAAAUAGUUGUGAUGAUUAUGAGAAUGGACCUGCUUCUGUGAAGUUUGAUUUGGAUAGAGGGACUAUACCUAGAAGAUUUGAUUAUAAAGAACUAGUUUCAGCUACUAAUGGUUUUGCAGAUGAUAACAGGCUUGGACAAGGUGCUUCUGGACAAGUUUACAAAGGGGUUCUGAGUUAUUUAGGAAGAGUGGUUGCAGUUAAGAGAAUUUUCGCUGAUUUUGAGAACUCUGAGAGGGUUUUCAUCAACGAGGUUAGGAUCAUAAGCCGUCUUAUACAUAAAAACUUGGUUCAAUUCAUAGGGUGGUGUCAUGAGCAAGGGGAGUUUUUGUUGGUUUUUGAGUACAUGCCUAAUGGAAGCCUUGACACACAUUUAUUUGGCAACAAAAGAACAUUGGAAUGGCAUGUUAGGUACAAGGUAGCUUUAGGUGUGGUCACAGCACUUCGUUAUCUUCAUGAGGAUGCUGAACAAUGUGUUCUUCAUAGAGAUAUUAAGUCAGCUAAUGUGUUGUUGGACACAGAUUUUAGCACAAAAAUUGGAGAUUUUGGGAUGGCAAAAUUGGUGGAUCCAAGGUUGAGGACUCAAAGGACAGGGGUGGUGGGGACUUAUGGGUACUUGGCUCCUGAAUAUAUCAAUGGAGGGAGGGCUAGUAAGGAAUCAGAUAUGUAUAGUUUUGGGGUUGUGGCUUUGGAAAUUGCAAGUGGGAGAAGGACUUUUCAAGAUGGGGAUUUUCAUGUGCCUUUGAUGAAUUGGGUUUGGCAACUUUAUGUGGAAGGGGAAAUUCUAAGGGCUGCUGAUGGGAGAUUGAACAAUGAGUUUGAGGUUAAUGAAAUGAUGAGUUUGCUAAUUGUGGGGCUUUGGUGUACCAAUCCAAAUGACAAGGAAAGGCCUAAGGCAGCACAAGUAAUCAAGGUUCUUCAACUUGAGGUGCCUUUGCCAGUGCUUACACUUGAUAUGUAUGAUCGUGUUCCUCUUCCUCCUCCUACAGUGAUUAGGCAACCCAAUUAUUCCUCACACACACCACCCAUCACUAAUAGCCUUGUAAGUGUUGGACGUUAAUUCACUGCCCUGCCUUUGUACAAUUCUAUUUCGGGUGGCAGGGUUUUUGGAUGGAAAUUAUGCUCUUU